UGUCGGAGCCUUGGCCGUGGGAUCGGGACGUGCUGGAACCCCAGGGUGGAACUGGGACGUACUGGGAGCACCGGUGUGGAACUGGGACGUGACGGAGCCCCAGGGUGGGACUGGGACGUACCAGGAUCCUGGGUGUGGAAUCAGGAUGUGCUGAGACCCUCGGAGGGGAACUGGGACGCACUGGGACCCCUGGUGUGGAACUGGGACGUACUGGGAGCACUGGUGUGGAACUGGGACGCACUGGGAGCACUGGCAGACGCGGGGCAGGAAGUGCCCAGGAUGGAGAAGGAAACCCCGGUGGGUGCCACCCCCUCCGGCCCCGGUGCUGGCCGGGGGACGGACACACCCCCCUGGUCCCUGCGGCCCCCCCAGCUCCCACCCGGCGAGGAGGAGGAGGAGGAUGAAGAAGGGGGUGAGGAUGAUGAGGAAGAGGAGGCUGAGGCUGGCGAUGAGGAGGACAUGGUGGGUGACGCCGAGGACAUCCUGUGCUACGAGGAGCGCAUCGCCGGGCUCCUGGCCACCGUGGCCCGGCUGCACCAACGGGCAGAGCGGCUCCAGCGCCGCCCCGGCAGGUACCGGCACCGGCAUUGGCACCGGGGGGCACCGGGGGCUGCCACCACAUGGCCCCCCUUCAUCUCUGCCCUUCAUUGCCCCGCAGGGAGGCCCACGCCGCGGCACCUCGACGGCACCGGCACCGGGCAGGAAGCCCACAGCCCCGACCUCUUCGCCGACCUCCAGCACGCCGUGAGCUCCCUGGAACGCGCCGUCUUCUCCCGGCACCGGCGGCCGCCGGCACAGCCCCUGCCCGGCGAGGAGUGGGCGCGAGCGGCCAAGAGCCUGGAGGAGCUGAGCCGGGCUCCGGGCUGGGCCGGGCGGGUGACCCGGCGGUGCCCGGCGGUGGCGGCGGGCGAGGAGGUGCCGGCGGAGGUGGCGGCGGCGCUGGCGAGGAACGCGGCGCUCCGGGCGGCCGUGGGGCGCCGGGACGAGGAGCUGGGACAGGCCACGGCCGCGCUGCGGGCGCUGCGGGGGGAGCGGGACCGCCUGCAGGGCAAGGUGAGGGACCUGCAGGAUGCUCUGUCCAGCCUGGAGGAGCUGGGGGGCUCUGGAAGUGACGCCCCCGGGGUCAGCAGCCCCCUGAGGCUGCACCAGGAUCUGCCCCAGUGCGGGGACAGUGCUCAGCCCCACGGGGUGCAGCCCCAAGGGAUCCAGCCCCACGGGGUGCAGCCCCUCAGGAUCCAGCCCCACGGGAUGCAGCCCCUCAGUUCUCAGCCCCACAGCCCCCUGUCCCCCCAGCCCUCGGCGGGUGCCAGCCGGGAGCAGGAGGAGCGGCUGCAGCAGCUGCAGGGGUGCCUGGGGCGGCUGCAGGAGGUGAACCGGGAGCUGGCGGCCGCGCUGCAGGAGUGCAAGAGCGAGGCAGAAAGGCUGAGCAUGGAGCUGGGACAGCACGAGUCCCGCAGCACCGCCCUGCGCCUGGCCCUGCGCUGCAGCGAGCGCUGCGGGGGCGCUUAUGCCGCCCUCCUGGACCUGCUGCAGGCAAAGGUGGGACGGGAGGACGGUGCCCGUGGGGGAGCCGCGAGCGAGCCGAGCCCAGGGCACGCACAGGGGUCCAGCCCCACGGCCACGGAGGGGCCGCAGCUCCCGGGCCCAGCGGAGCCGGACGGGCAGGAGGAGAGCGGGGCCAGCAGCUCCCCCGGGGCACAGAGCACUGCGGCGCCCCGGGGGAUGGAGGAGGGGGCCCUGCGGGAGCACAUCCGCCGGCUGCGCGCCGAGCAGGCGGCCGUGGAGGGGUCCCUGCUGGACGCCCCGGCCCCCCCCGGGGUGACCCGGCACGGCCAGGACGCCCGGGCCCGGGCCGAGAGGGCACUGCAGGACGCCAGGAUGCUGCUGCCGGGCUGGAGGCGGCCCGAGAAGGCGGAGCUGCUGCAGGACCUGGCCAUGCUCAAGGAGGCCAUGGCUGAGCUGAGGACGCGGCUGCAGCUGGCGGAGAGGGAGAAGCGGGGCCUGGAGGUGCUGCUGGCCGGGCAGGGCCCACGGGAGGCUGCCCUGCGCCUCGUGCUCCAGCACCUGCAGUGGGAGCGGGAGGGGGGCACCCGCCGCCCCCCCAGCAGCUCCAGCAGCUCCAGCAGCAGCGAGGGGGAUGCCCAGAUUGGCCGGGGCGGAGCGGCGGCUCCGCGGAACCCUCCGGAUCCGGAGAGGAUGAGGGAAGAGCUGCUCCGCACCUCGGCCAGGACGGAGGAGCUGCGUGCCCGGGCACAGGAGCUGGUGCUGUCCCUGGAGCAGGGCAGUGCUGCCAGCCGAGCGCAGCAGGCACAGAGUGUCACCGUCACCUCGGAUCUGUUCCAGGCGCACAGCGCCCUGGCCCUGGCGUACCGCGGUGCCCGGCGCAAGCAGGCGGCCCAGGCGCGGCGCCUGGAGGCGCAGGCAGGAGCCCUGCGCAGGCAACAUUCCCGGCGGGAGCAGGCGCUGGCCCGCAGGCUGCACUCCCUGGAGCAGGGCCCGGCCGGCAGCGAGACCUGCAUCUAGAGACCCCCCCCCCCGGAGCCCCCUCCCCGCUGUACCCCCGCCGUAAUAAACGGUGGACGCUCGUG